AUGAAAUUCUCUCGGGCGUGCACAACCAUCGGUUCUCUUCUCCUCGUCCUCGCUGCCGAAUCAAUGGAUCUCGUUCAAGCCCAAUGCUCCGACGUCCACAUCGUUUUCGCUCGCGGGAGCAGUGAAAUGCCAGGCCUUGGUAUCUGUGGCGAGCCCCUCGUGAGCGGCAUCACCCAGAACCUCGCCGGCAUGAGUGUCACAUCCUAUGCAGUAAACUACCUCGCAUCAAUGGACCAAAGCAGUGCUGGUCCUGGUGCCACCGACAUGACGAACCAUGUCGUGAUGGUGGCUCAAGAAUGUCCCAAUACCGUCUUCGUGCUCGGUGGCUACUCGCAAGGAGCAAGCGUCACAUCCAUCGCUAUCGGAAUCCAAACGAUGCUCGGGUCUGGAGACGUCAUACCAGAGACCUUGGCGCCUCGAAUCAAGGCGAUUGUCACGUUCGGCAACCCUCUGAAGCUCACGGGUCAGUCGAUCGAUGGCACGAGUAUGUCGUACGGAACCAAGGCGGUGGAGUUUUGCAACGAAGGCGACCCGGUAUGCGGCGGCGGCUUCAACACGAUGGCGCACAUGAUGUACGCAACGGACGGGAGUGUGACAACCGCAGCCCAACAGGCUGCUUCGCUGGUGCAGCGCGGCGCGGGGGCACUGCGCGGGUGA